UGGCGCAAUCACAAGGGUGAUUCAGAAGAUCCACAAAACAGACCCAAGCCGACAUUUGGGCUAUUGCAGACGGUGGGCGAUGUGGGUGGCACUGUAUCGAUAUACGACAUUUCCAUUUAUGGCGGGGACAAAAAAAAUCUGACGAAAAAAGAGCGCAUGAAGCGGCGAGCCAGAAAAAUGAUCAAAGCCGGCCUCAGAGAAGACCAGUGCUUCUGCUGCUCGCUGGAAGGUUCGCCGACCACUGCUUGCCUGAUAAUCUUUGCGGCCAUUGCGCUUAUUGUUUUCUGUUUCGUUGUGUUCGCGAUGCUGAGCGCCGGAGCCGACAUCGAAGCCACGUUUGCGGAGCCCCAUGCAAAUAUGUGA